AUGCGACGCAUACGCUACCGGGCGCUGCACAGCGGUGCUGAUGAAGAAGACACGCGAAGUUGCAACAGCAGCACCCCCAAUGUCUUCACGAGCAGUGCACACGGUCCUCAGCUGCCACAGCAGCACUGCUGCCGGUCGCGUGAUCUCGUGAUUGUUGACUCCCUCGGCACUGGCGCGGCGGCGUCAGUGUUGACCAUUCCACAGCAGAAGAAGCACAGUCUGCGACGGUGGCUGCGGGAACUGCUACAUCUGGCGAUCGCACCGUCUCCCGACACCCGCCAAAUCCCGUUCGGCUACUUCCCUGGCGAGUGGUCACCGGUCGGCUAUCCGAGUAACGCGGUGAGCAACCGUCGCUACACGCUCUCGACGUUUCUGCCGCUGGCGCUGCUCCGUCAGUUUCAGAACUUCUUUAACUUCUUCUACCUCUUUCUGGCCUUCUCGCAGGUCAUUCCAGUGCUGAAGGUUGGUUUCAUUUUCACUUACUUUUCACCGCUAAUACUGGUGGUGUGCCUCUCGCUGAUGAAAGACGCGCUCGAUGAGUGGAAGCGAUUCCGGCGCGAUCGCAUCGCCAAUGUCGAGGUGUUCGAGAAACUCACAGGCGGUGGCGACGUGGUCACGGUGCGGUCGGCACACAUUCGGGUAGGAGAUCUGCUCAUACUGCAUCAAGAUCAACGUGUGCCGGCCGACUGCGUCGUGUUGCACACCUCCGAGAAGUCGGGCACGACGUUCGUCCGUACCGACCAACUUGACGGCGAAACGGAUUGGAAGCUGCGCUACCCGUUGAACUCUACCAAGAGUCUAGGAUACACCGAACUUGCUGCACUGCGCUUCAACGUGCGAUGUGGCGCGCCUCACAAAGACAUCUACAGCUUCGCCGGCACCCUCGAACUGGCCAACGGACAGAUUGAGUCGAUCACGAUGGAGAAUGCCGUCUGGUCGUCGUGUGUGGUGGCAACAGGGACGCUGGUGGUCGCCGUCCUAUACACGGGUAGGGAGACGCGCAGCGCCUUAAACUCGACAAGUCCGCGUAACAAGCGUGGCCUCAUCGAGGGCGAGCUCAACUUGAUCGCGGUUCUGUGCUUCGCGCUGCUUCUGAUCCUUUCCUUUCUUCUUGUGGCGCAGCAGCAGUUCCGUGGCGACUUUGCCGUCAUGUUCGUGCGCUUCUUCAUCCUCCUCUCGUCCAUGAUUCCCAUCUCGAUGCGCGUGAACGUAGACGUCGGUCGCCUCUGGUACUCGUACGAUAUGUCGCAUGACCCCAACAUCCCUGGAACCGUUGCUCGCAACGCAAAUCUUCCAGAGGAAUUGGGUCGGCUGCGCUAUCUUUUCUCCGACAAGACCGGCACACUCACAAAGAACAAGAUGAAGUUUCGCGUGAUGCAGGUGGGGCCGGACACGGUGCUAACGGACCGCUUCACUGAUCAGCUGUCGUGCGCGCUGCAGGAGUACUUUGGCACAGGCAACGGGGGAGCCGGGGCUCGACUCAUGUUCGGCAACGUCUCCGCGCGACUCAGCAUGAGAAAUUCGAAGCAAUGGAGCCGUGAUGUGCAGCGCGUUGGCGACCUUAUCAGAGCCAUCGUCCUGUGCCACAAUGUGAGCCCAGUGGUGGUGGAGCCGGUGGUCCUUGGUACCGGCAACGAAACAACGGCACCGGGUCGCAGUGCGGCUGCGGCUGCGCCGGACACAGCUGAUAUGACGAGUGAGCCGACUGAAUACCAAGCCUCCUCGCCAGACGAAGUUGCGCUGGUCAAGUUCUGCCGCUCUCUCGGUAUUGUCUUGACCUAUCGCGAUCUCACAUCGAUCGCCUUUACCGUUGGCGGCGGCGCGCAGCUGCACACCUACACAAUCGUCAAAACGUUCCCGUUCUCAUCGGAGCGCAAGUGCAUGGGCAUAAUCCUGCGCGAGCGCGCUGGGAGCUGCAGUGGCGGCAGCGCGCAGGAGACCGUCAAAUUUUACAUGAAAGGCGCAGAUGAGAAGAUGGCGUCGGUGGUGCGCCAAUCGGAGUGGCUGGACGAGUGUUGCCAGGAGCUGGCGCAGAUGGGCCUGCGAACGCUCGUGUUUGCCAGUCGAACGCUCAGCGAGGAGAUGCUCGGCGCCUUCCUGCAGCAGUACGAAGCCGCCCUUUCAAUCCUUGGCGAAGGUCGCGCAGCAGCCAUCGAGGCGGCGAUGAAGCUAUUGGAGACGGACAUGAUACUGACAGGGGUGACGGGGGUGGAGGACGAGCUGCAAGACGACGUUGUCGUCUGUCUUGAGACGCUUGGCAUGUGCGGCAUCAAGGUGUGGAUGCUCACGGGUGACAAGGUCGAGACUGCCACCACCAUUGGCCGCUCGACUCGGCUCAUUCCCCGCCACUGCCGCAUCGAGUACCUGUGUGGGAUGGCCCCGGCAGACAUUGGUCGCCGCCUGCACGAGCUGCAGGAGGAGUUUUGCUGGGGCGCGACGUGCGGCAGCAUAGUGCCGCCAUGGACACUGGUUCUCGAUGGAAACGCGCUGGCGUACUGCCUCUCCCACGCUUCCUCCUUCGCGGACGUGGCCAGAACCGCCUACUCGGUGAUAGUGGCGCGAUGCUCCCCGACGCAGAAGGCUGCGGUGGUUACUGUAAUGCGUGAUAGCUGCCGUGACGCGCGCGUCGCGGCCAUCGGUGACGGAGGCAACGACGUGUCGAUGAUUCAGGCUGCCAACGUGGGGAUCGGUAUUGAGGGGGUGGAGGGGAAGCAAGCAAGUAUGGCCGCUGAUUUCUCCAUUACCAAGUUCUCUCACUGUCUACGGCUGAUCAUGUGGCAUGGGCGGAACUCGUACCAGCGCACGUGCCGACUCAGCCAGUUUAUCAUGCACCGCGGCAUCGUCUACUCGGUUGUGCAGACGGUCUUUUCGGUGCUGUUUGCCGGGACGACCAUGUCUGUCUUCAACGGUUAUCUACUAAUGGGGUACUCCACCGUAUUCACCAUGGCGCCAGCCUUCGCAUUAGUGCUCGACGAAGACUUCAAUGAGUCGGACGUGCACGAGUACCCGUUUCUCUACAAAGAUUUGCUGAAGGCUCGCUCCAUGAAUACCCGCACCUUUCUGCAGUGGGUGUGGGCGUCGUUCUUCCAAGGAGGGGUCAUGAUGCUGAUGGCGCUACAGCUCUUCAAGUCGGACAUGUUUCAGAUUGUCACGAUCGCCUACACGUCGCUUCUCAUCACAGAGCUGGUCAUCGUCGGCGCCACCGCACAUCUUCGCAUUCUCUGGCGAGAGCGUCGUGCUCGCUUCUUUCUCUUCUUGUGCUCUGAGGUGGUGUCUCUGCUGAUGUUUUUCCUCGCCGUCGUCGUGUUACCCGACACGUUUGACAGAGACUUUUUCUUUUCGUGGAGCUGCUGGUGGCGCGUCGCGGUAAUCUGCCUAGCCAGCAUUGCACCACUCAUGAUAUUUCAGAUGGUUGGCAAGUACAUAUUGUUCAACCCGCGCGUCGCCGUCUCCUGCAUGGGAUGUCGGACUUGA